AUGGACGAGGACGAUUCAGGGGAGUGGGAGGUGCCCAAGGUCGCCACCACAGACGACUUCGAGCUCGCGCGGCAAGUCAAAGAGAAGGGCCGUCCGACUGGCCGGUACGAGAAGCUGGAGGACGGCGCGCAGCUGAAGAGCGUGCUGUCGAACUGGGACUCGGUGUUCAUCCAGUUCAAGGAUCCGAACGACGGCUUGCAGCCCGUCAAGGUGUCGUUACCGCCAAUCUUCGCGGAAGAGGAGGAAGACCCGUCCCUGUCUGCGGCGCGGAAGGGCAAGAGGAAGGCAGAAUAG